AGCAAUGGCUUGGCUGGUACUUCUUCUCCUGUCGCUGUGGGCUGAUGUCACUUUGGGAGGUGUGGAGAAAAGGAUCAUUGGAGGUCGUAACUGUGGAGAAAAUGAACGGAAGUUUCAUGUCCUUCUGAGAGAAGAUGGGGAAUUUGUUUGUGGUGGAUCUCUGAUCAGCGAUAAGUGGGUUCUAACUGCAGCUCACUGCUGGCCUAAUGUGGGGAGUCUUGAAGCAGAACCAGGAGUACAUCCAUCUGGUGGCACAAGACAAAAGAUAGCAGAACACAAGAUAUAUAUGGAAGGUACAAAUAAACAUGACAUCAUGCUGCUGAAGCUGUCGACAGCUGUGACAGGGAUUGCAACAGUGGAUCUACCCGACUGUACGAAGAGUGUUGUACCUGACCCAAAGAAUCCUCAAACCAGCGGUGGGGUCAAAGUUCAGAUCGCUGGCUAUGCUAACUAUGUUGGAAAACCUGGAGAUGUAGAAGAAGACAUCCCAGAACACCUCCCUGCCACCCUGCAGUGUGCCGACAUGGAAACGGUUGCGUGUGCAGAUACUCCUAUUAAUGGUUUCAUGCGGCGCCUUUUCUGCGGCAAAACAUCAGGUGGAGUUGAUAUCUGUGUGGGGGAUUCUGGUGGAGGGGUGGUGUACGACAAGAAGAUUUAUGGUGUCAUCAGCGGGAGUGGGGAGGUGAUCUGUGGUAUUCCAGUCAGGUUCAUGGAUGUCUGCAAGUACUUGAAUUGGAUCAAGACAACUAUCCAGGGUUAA